AUGUUUCGAGCAGCAGCUCCCGGCCCGUACGACGAGCCCAUCGCCAAGGCGACCAACGAGAACCUCACCUCGGAGGACUGGGGCGCCAUCAUCGAGGUAUGCGACAAGGUGUCGUCGGACCCCAACGGGCCCCAGCAGGCCGCCCAGGGCCUGAUCAAGCGCCUGGCGCACCGCAACGCCAACGUCCAGCUGUACACGCUGGAGCUGGGUAACGCCCUCUCCCAGAACUGCGGCAAGCCUAUGCACCGCGAGCUGGCCUCCCGCGCCUUCACCGACGCCCUGCUCAAGCUCGCCGCCGACCGCAACACCCACCAGCAGGUCAAGGCCAAGAUCCUCGAGCGCAUGAAGGAGUGGAGCGACAUGUUCAGCAAGGACCCGGACCUCGGCAUCAUGUACGACGCCUACUUCCGCCUCAAGCAGAGCAACCCCACCCUCCAGGCCCCGAGCGCGCCCCAGAAGAACCGCCUGACCGACGUCGACCGCCAGAAGGAGGAGGAGGAGCUGCAGAUGGCCCUCCAGCUGUCCCUGCAGGAGGAGGAGCGCAAGAAGAAGGCCGCCGAGAGCAGCUCCGCCGCGGCAGGCCCCAGCUCUGCUGCAGGAGGGAGCGCUGGCCCUGCCGGCGCCCAGCCCGGACAGGCAGAGACCCAACCCAUCCCAGCCCAUCCCACCGGCACCACGGCCGCCACGGUCUCGCGGGUGCGGGCGCUCUACGACUUCGUGCCCAGCGAGCCCGGCGAGCUGGAGUUCAAGAAGGGCGAUGUCAUUGCCGUGCUGGAGUCUGUCUUCAAAGACUGGUGGCGCGGCUCGCUCAAGGGCAAUACGGGCAUCUUCCCGCUCAACUACGUCGAGAAGCUGACGGACCCAACCCCCGACGAGCUGCAGCGCGAGGCGCAGAUGGAGGCAGAGGUGUUUGCCGAGAUCAAGAACGUGGAGAAGCUGCUGACGCUGCUGAGCACGUCCAACACGGCUCCGAGAGAGGAGGAUAAUGAGGAAAUCUCGAAGCUGUACCACCAGACUCUGGCCAUCAGGCCGAAGCUGAUCAAGUUGAUCGAGAAGUACUCGCAGAAGAAAGACGACUUCACCCAGCUGAACGAGAAGUUCAUCAAGGCCAGGCGGGAUUACGAGGCUCUGCUUGAGUCUUCCAUGUCGCACCCGCCUGGGCCGAGCUACCAUCAGUAUGCUCAUAGACCUGCUGUGCCUGGUCAGGGGGGCUAUCCGGGAGGUCCCCCGGGAUAUGCGCCUCAGGGGCCACCCCAGCACUUGCAACAACAAGAUCCUCAACGAUACUAUACUCCGGGUCCUCAGGGACCACCUCCUCAGCAAGAACAGCCCCCCUACCAGGCUUCAUCACCAGCUCCUAACUUCCAGCGGACUACCCCGGCACCCGCUCCUUUUUACCUGCAAGGCGCCGAAGUCCCUGCUCAAAACCGUCCACCCCAGGCGCAGCAACAAUAUCCCCAGGGCGGCCCACCGCCGGGGCAGCAGCAGCAGCAGCAGCAGCAGCAGCAACAGCAACAGCAACAGCAGUACCCUCAAAGUGGCCCGCCUCCUAGUCAGCAGCAACAGUACCCUCAAGGGGGUCCAACGCCGGUCCAGCAGCAGUAUCCUCCUCGAGAUCAACCUUCACGCAUAGCAUCAGCCACCGCGGCAGGGAAGCAACCUGCUCCAAUUCAGACUUCUUCGCCACCCCCUCAACAGCAGUAUCAAGCAUAUUCGCAUCCCCCGACUCAAAACGGCCAACGUCCUCCGAGUACAUAUGGCCACCCUCAAGAGCUAGCUACAUCGGCUUAUGAUUCUCCUGUCGCUUCUCACAAUCAAGCGCCUGACCCCUAUUCGGCCUCAGUUUAUUCAACAGAGGAUCCUUACAGCACCAGCCCGACGGCGCCUUCUGCACCUCCGCCAUCAGCACCGCAAGGUCCACCCCAGGGUGUGCCCACGCCUCUCGCUUUUGCCGGUGGCGGUGGUCCAUCGGCGCCAUCUGCCCCAUCGCAACCUCAGUAUACCGCCUACAAUCCUUUGCAACAUCAGUCUCAGCCUUCUUACGAUGCGCCAUCCGCGCCGACAAACGCUCCGCCCCCAGUGCCCACUGGGUCGGCCCCGCCACCUACUUCGUCGCCAGGUGCUGUGAACCAUCCUGCUGUUUUGACGCCGCCGCCUUUGCAACCUAGUGGACCUGCCUACGAUGCUAGACACGGUCUGCCUAGUCAGUCAGGACACCAUGGGGCACCGCAGCAGCCCCAAUACAAACCCUACGUUCCACCCAUGGCCGGCGGAGGAGACGGUGAGCCCAGCGCGCCGCAGGACUUCUACCGCCAGAGCGCUGCGUACUAG